AUGUUGGUGCCAGCGGAUAUGCUGGCCUCGCAUUCUAAGAUGGUCUAUCAAAUAAACAAGUAUUUUGGCGAACGGGUUAUGUCCCGCAAGACUCAAGUCGCGAAGACCAUCCAAGAAGUCUGCCGGGUGGUCCAAGACGUGCUUAAAGAAGUUGAAGUCCAAGAACCGAGAUUCAUUUCUUCUUUAACGGACUACAACGGGAGAUUCGAUGGCCUGGAUGUCAUUUCCCCGACAGAAUUCGAAAUAGUGAUUUACCUGAACCAAAUGGGAGUUUUGAAUUUUGUCGACGACGGAACUUUGCCAGGCUGCGCGGUCCUCAAGCUGAGCGACGGAAGAAAGCGGUCCAUGUCCCUUUGGGUUGAAUUUAUCACAGCUUCUGGGUAUUUAUCGGCUAGGAAGAUCAGAUCCCGGUUCCAAACUUUGGUGGCUCAAGCCUGCGACAAGUGUGCCUAUCGGGAUUCGGUCAAGAUGAUAGCAGACACCACUGAAGUUAAACUGAGGAUUAGAGAAAGAUAUGUCGUUCAAAUCACUCCAGCUUUCAAGUGUGCAGGACUUUGGCCGCGGUCGGCUUCUCAUUGGCCAAUUCCGCAGAUUCCGUGGCCGCAUCCUAAUAUUGUUGCUGAAGUUAAGGCAGAAGGGUUUGACAUGUUGUCCAAGGAGUGCAUUGGGCUUCAGGGGAAACAAUCUGCGAUGGAAGGCGAUGCUUGGGCACUUUCUUUUAUUGAUGCAGAAAAUCGGCUACUUCAAGGCGCGAGUAGAAGAAGAUGCUUGAGUAUCUUAAAGACUCUCAGGGACCGGCAUCUGGAUCUUCCGGGAAAUCCGGUUACUAGUUAUCAUAUGAAGACUCUUUUGUUGUAUGAGUGUGAAAAGCAUCCUCAUGAAGCUGAGUGGGAUGAAAGCUGUCUUGGUGAUAGAAUCAAUGGGAUUUUUCUUCAGUUAAUUUCUUGUCUUCAAUGUCGGAGAUGUCCACACUAUUUUUUGCCGAAUUUGGAUUUGUUUAAGGGAAAAACUCCGACCGGGCUUGAAAAUGCGGCGAAACAGGUCUGGAGACUCACAAGGGAACUUUUGACUAAUACUAGGGCUUUGGAGAAACUUUAG